CUGAUGUUUAAUUGUUUUCAGAUGUAUUAGAAUUAAAAAUGAGUUUUCUAAAGAAGUUGACCAAGGAUGCUAAGAAAGCAGUGUCUUCUAUGGGAGAUAACGUUGAUCGAGGUUUAUCUCGAGGGCAAUCAAUAUUCUCUCACAUGGGUGAGGAACAGCAAGUGUUCCUUCAUGGAUAUCUGAUCAUCAAGAUUAUCUCUGCCAGAGAUAUUCCUGAUAUGGAGAACUGGUACAGCAAGAUCGUUAACAAGAAGGACGUGACUGAUGCCUUUGUCGAUGUCAAGCUCGGCAAGUCGAGAAUUGCUAAAACAGCCGUCAUCGAUAACGAUCUUAAUCCUGUGUGGAAUGAAGCUUUCAGAAUCGAGGUUUGCCACAAGAGCAAUAGUUUAAUCUUUGAUGUACGAGAUAAGGAUCAUGCCUACACAGAGGAGAUUGGGAAGGUUGAAAUCAACACCCAGCUGCUUCUAGACGGUGCUCCCAUGGAAGGAUUCUUCCCUAUAAUCAAGGGAAAUAAGGACGUCGUUUUUGACACUCUUCAAAAUGUCUUGAAAACGGGCACGUUCAGUUCAGAAAGACCACAGGAGAAUGGGCAGCUCGAGCUUUUUGUUCAGUAUGUUUCUAUGUCGGAUGUUGCGGAAACUUCAGAGGUGACGAGCUACUUCCCAAUGCACCGUGGAUGUAAGGUUACUUUGUACCAGGAUGCUCACUGUACCCAUGAUAUACCCUGGCUUAAUAUGGUCCAAGGGCCCCCUAGUAUUCCUCCUGAGAAUAGAUCUUGCUGGAUGGAUUUAUAUUAUUCCAUUAGAGGGGCACAGCAUCUAAUAUGUAUAACUGGGUGGGCAGUCUGGACAAAGCUUAAGUUGUUCAGAGGUGAAGAUGCCUUGAAUAUAUACGGGGAUACCCUUGGCAGACUACUAUGUGAAAAAGCCGACGAAGGAGUUCAGGUCCGAGUAAUGAUCUGGAGUGAGAAAUCCAGCGGGGAUAUUUUCGGCGAUGAAGGUAUGAUGGGAACCCAUGAUAUGGAAACCUACAAAUUCUUUAAGGAUCCUAAAAACUACCAAACCCAAAAUAAGGUCAUCUGUGCUCUAACUCCUAGAGAAUUGGACACUAAGGAGCUAACAGACAGUCUACAGAACCAGUUCAGUUCAUCUAUGUACACUCACCAUCAAAAAUCAGUGAUUUUGGACGAGGAAUGUAGUUUUCAGCCUGAUGGACGAAGAAAGCUGAUUGCUUACGUUGGAGGCCUUGAUUUAACAGGUGGAAGAUAUGAUACCCCAUACCAUCCUCUCUUCUCUACUCUCAAGACAGAUCAUGACGGAGACUUCAGAAACUCUAAUGCCAAAGGGACUCCUCCUCAUACUGGGCCUAGGGAACCCUGGCAUGAUAUUCAUUGUAAGGUUGAAGGUCCUGUUGCCCGCGAUGUUUUAGAGAACUUUAUUGAACGAUGGGAGAAGCAAGGACCGGGCACAGGAACUCCGUACAUUGAUGAUAAAAUGAUGAGGAGUUUGAACCCUGUAGCAGUGAGCCCAGUGUCCAGCCCUGAUAGAGAAUGGAAUGUCCAGUUCUUCCGAUCUAUAACCUCCGACUCUGCUGUGUUCGAUCAGAAGAAGAUGAACGAUGAAAUGCUGCUCUCAAGAAAAAAAGGUCGGUUUAUCGAGCAGAGUAUUACACAGGCGUAUAUUCAGAUGAUCAGGAAUGCGCAAAAUUUUAUCUACAUUGAAAACCAGUAUUUUAUGGGUUCAGCUUACGAGUGGGAUACAGAUAAUCAGACCCUGUGUAACCACACUAUCCCAGCAGAAAUAGUUGCCAAGAUUGCAAACAAGAUCAAGGCAGGAGAGCGGCUUACUGCCUGA